AUGUUGCCUAACAGGUCCUCUAGACCGAAGAGCCUUAAUUUCUCUGAUGAUAAUCUCAAAUACUAUAAUGAACAACUAGCGAAAUUAUCUCCUCAAGAAAUAUUGGAAUGGGCUAUUGAAUAUCUACCAGGUCUAUAUCAAACAACGGCUUUUGGACUUACAGGCUUAGUUUCUCUUGACAUGAUAUCCAAAAUCAGUCUGGAAAAAGGAAUUAAAAAAGGAAACAAACCUAAGCAUUUAGUCCCAGCAAUCUUCCUUGAUACGCUAUAUCAUUUUCCUGAAACUGUCGCACUCGCAGGUCGAGCAGCUUCUCACUAUAAUGCACCGUUAUAUACCUUUAAACCGCUCGCUUGUGAUACUGCCAAAGAUUUUGAAAGUCGCUAUGGACAAAGGUUAUGGGAAACCAACGAAGAUAGUUACGAUUAUUUAGUGAAAGUAGAACCGUCACGAAGGGCUUAUGAACAGUUGGGCGUAAAGACAGUGAUAACGGGGCGAAGACGAAGUCAACGCGGGGAACGAGAAAAUAUAAAUAUUUUAGAGAAAGAAAAAGGAACUGGUCUGCUAAAGUUGAAUCCUUUGGCAAAUUGGGAUUUCAAUCGAGUUUGGACGUAUAUCAGAGCCAAUGAGGUUCCGUAUAAUCCAUUAUUGGAACAAGGAUAUCGAUCGAUUGGCGAUUGGCAUAGUACCAAACCGACCAGUGACUCAUCUAGCGAAAGGAGUGGCAGAUGGGAAGGGAAACAAAAAACUGAAUGCGGUUUGCACAAGGAUUAUUUCAAAAUGCGUGCGGCAUUUAUGGCUGCUCAGAAAAAGAGACAGACAUUCCAAAAUCAUGAAAAUGGAAUGCUACGAACUGUAUCAUUGUAA